CUACGCAAACAAUCGGUUUAACUUCUACUCCAACAGACCUUUCUGACCACUAUUUACUUGUUGCCACCUUGGAAUGUCCAGAACUAGUAUCCAAAAAAUCAUCAUCUCCAAUAAAAAAAAAGUAUUUCGACAUCGAUAAUAUGGAUCAAGAGACAUGGAGUAACUUUGCUAAUAAAACAGAUACUCUACUUGGUGUUAGUCCUAUCAAAAACCUCGAUCUGAGUAACCUUACAUGUAAAAGCAACAUUAACUUCUUUUGGACUCAACUACAGAACAUUAUCAUCAAGGCAGCCGAUUUUACGAUACCUGUCAAACAAUCCAGUACCCAUUCUAAGGCUAUCCGACCAAAGAUUUUGAAGCACGCAUAUAGUACACUUAAGAGCUUACAAAAAUGGUUGAAAAUCACCAAUGAGAUUCUCAAAACGCAGACCUUUUCAAUAGAAUGGAAUAAAUUUUUUGUUAAAAUCCCACCAACUAUCCAAGAAAUGCAAAUUUCCUUGUUAGAACAUGACGAUCCAUUAACAAAG